CAUUUUUCAACAAUCUCGAAGGAACUUCCCAUUGACCGCACCUAUCACGAAGUAUCUCAAAAUGAACGUUUUCGAAAAGAAGACUUGCCAGACCGCACGGGGUUACACCUACACCUACUACACGUCUGAAGGCGACAGAUCUCUUCCGACCCUGUUGUUUCAGCAUGGCUGGCCCGAUCACGCCGAGAUGUGGAAGGGUAUUGCGGAACGUCUCAUUGAUACCGAGUUCUCCAUCAUUAUUCCAGAUAUGCUUGGCUACGAUGGUACCGACAAGCCGACCGGUCCAGCCGAGUACAGGUGGGAUGUAAUGACGAAGGAUCUCAUUGACAUCAUCGACACCGAAAAGGUCGACAAAGUGAUCUCUAUCGGCCAUGAUUGGGGAUCUGCAUGUGCAGCCCGUCUCUAUAACUACUAUCCCGGUCGCGUCGCUGGCUGCGUGUUCCUCAAUGUUCCCUACUAUGCCCCAAGUCGUCAGCCUUUUGAUCUUGAUGAGAUGAUCAGGAUGACGGAGGAAGCUUUUGGCUAUGGAGUCUUCCAUUAUUGGAAACUGUUUGCGGAUCGAGAUGGUGGAAAAGUUCUCACAGACAACGUUGAGCGUCUCUACCCUUGCCUUCACGGCACAGGCAAUACAAUGAAACGCUUCUUCUGUGUCCCAGACGCUAUGCGACAACACCUCACUAGCAGCGACCCAGAUCCAGAACUCCGGCCUUAUGCCCAGGAUCCAAAGUUUCGCCAGGACUUCAUCGACAGGAUGCGCCGUGACGGCUUCGACGCACCGCAGUGCUGGUAUCGCGCUUUCAAGGAACAGCAGCACCUGUGUGAUAAAGAACUUCCUGAAAGCAGAGACAAGGUGAAUGUUCCAGUUCUCUACAUUGGAGGAAAAGAAGACGCCACAUGCCGUUCUGAGGCGAUGUAUCCGGCGAUCCAGGCUGGGUUGUUGCCGCAUUUAGAUCAGAAGCCUCUGUUGGACGCCUCGCACUGGACACCAUACGAGAAGCCAAAUGAGAUCGCGGAGCUUUUCAAAGAAUGGCUAAGCAAGAACUACACAGUAUAA